AUGGUAAACUGCAACGUAAAGAAAAUAUUCAUAACAUUUAUGGUGGUUUGUCCUCCAGUAUUGUUUUGUGUAGUCUACGUGUUCAACAGUGCAAUGUUCAGACCAAAUAUUGAGCCAACUCUAUCGAUCUAUUCGGUUGUCGAAGAAUUUACCAAGCUGGCAACUCAAGUAAAUGUUACUGAUUUAGAAUUAGAGCUGAAUUUCACAUCCUGUACCAAAGGGUUUUUGAAAAAAGCCAUCAAGAAAUAUGUGUAUUCGUUUGAUCCAAAUAUUCCCUUGUUUCUGACAAGUAAUUUCAAAGAAUGGACUGACUAUGCACGGAUGAAGACUUCCAGUGAACCUUUUGGAUUCAAAAAUCAUGAGGAUGUUGUUGAAAGAGUAUUGAAACUUCUACCAGAAGCCAACAAGACCACACCAAUUGGAUUAACAGAUCAUGGUGACUGUAAGCGGUGUAUUUUAGUAGCUAGUUCUGGUGUUAGUACAGGAAAGGGUCUUGGGAAGUUGAUAGACAAAUAUGAUGUGGUUAUACGGAUGAAUAAUGCCCCGGUGAAAAAAUAUGAAAAAGAUGUUGGGUCAAAAACAACGUUCCGACUCGUCUACCCAGAGAGUGCAUUUCGUACAAGCAGUUCAUAUGAUAAAAACUCUGUUUUGGUGUUUGUACCGUACAAACUUGAUGACUACUUGUGGCUGGAAGCAGUUAUUAAAGGCGACGACCCUAUUAAGAAGGGACUAAAGUUUUGGAAGAAAAGCGCUACUUCACUGAAUAAACCAGCAGAUAAAAUACAAAUACUCAACCCUUACCUUGGUCAUGAGGUUGCUAACUAUCACAUGAAAACAAAGAAACGUCCAUCUACUGGAGCGAUGGCUGUCGUGAUGGCACUUCACUACUGUGAUCAUCUGCAUAUAACGGGCUAUGGAUAUCAUCCUAAUGUAACCAUUCAUUAUUAUGAGAAAUCCAAAGGAAUCCCAAGAGAUGGUGCGCAUAGCUGGUUCAACGAAAAUAGAUAUAUAAUGAAGUUACUUUACUGUGGUGUGAUCGAGAAAGACCUUACUGGGCUGUACGAAGCAGAGGUUCGGAUCCGGGGAUCAGAGCUUUUCAAUUGCUCAGAACCUUUAAGCACUGAAUGA